CAUCAACAAACAUUUCCAAAUCGCAACGUGCAAGCUAAAUGUCAGGCUCGUGAAUUACUGCAGAAGCAAUGAAUCCUGGACGUGCACUCGAGCUAUUCCUGCUCAAGGUCUUAGCUCUUGGAGGGUUGUUGGGCUAUCUCCUAUCUGUGUUUCGGCCUGCCAUUGCCCCAAAUUUGUUACUAAAUCGACCCUAUGCAAGCUCUUUGACUCUAUCGUUCAUUGCCCAGCUCAUCGACAAAUUCAUCUUAUACCCACGCUUCCGAGAUCCGCUGAGGAAUGUUCCAACCAUCAGUGGUGAACGCAACCGCGGACAGAUUCUUUACGAGUCUCCCCGCGGGAAGUCUGCACUCCGGUGGAUGGAAAUGAAGCCCGACGCCCAGCUUCUCAGGAUGCCCGGGACGAUCGGCCUGGCGCCAAUCCUGGUGACAGGGCCAGAAGCCCUGCGUGACAUUCUCAAUACCAACGCGUACGACUUUGAAAAGCAAUGGGGCGUGCGAGCGUUCCUCGGGCGGGCUAUCGGCUGGGGCCUCAUCAUGAGCGAGGGAGCCGAGCACAAGCAUCAGAAAAGGAUCCUCACUCCUGCGUUCCAUAUUCGCAGGAUACGCGAGCUGUACAAUUUCAUGUGGGAGAAGACGAAUAUACUGCUGGGAGAGCUGGAGAAGGAUGUGGCCAAGAACCCCGACGGGGACGAUGGUUUCGGUAUUGUUGAGCUCAGCGAGUGGGCAAGCAAACUCACAUUAGACAUAAUCGGCCCUACCGCAAUGGGAAGAGACUUCAAGUCUUUGACAGCCAAACAGAACGACAUCGCCGACGCGUUCAUCGAGCUUCUUCGACCCGAAGUCAGCAGGCUCGUCUUCUUGGCCCUGCAUUUCAUGAUCCCCGAAUGGCUGAUCCGAGUGCUGCCCCUCAAAGAGAACAAGACCCUGAACGAAAUCGGCACAUUCCUCCGUGGCGUCUGCCGGGAUAUCAUCAAGCAGAAAAAGUUUGAACUGCAGGAAGGCGGCGACCUGUCCGAGCACGAUAUCUUGUCGCGGAUCAUUCAGACUGGUGACUUCACCGACGUUGAAGUCGGCGACCAGAUGCUAACAUUCUUGGCUGCAGGGACAACCGCCAGCGCCUUGACAUGGACCUGUUACCUCUGUGCAAAAUACCCUGAGAUCCAGAAGAAGCUCAGAGCCGAGAUCCACGAGACAAUCCCGUCUCACGACGCGGCGAUCACCUCGGAGCUCCUGGAGGGCAUGCCCUAUCUCAACGGCGUGUGCGAGGAGACCUUGCGUCUCUAUCCCGUCGUGCCCUCCACCGUCCGGGAGGCCAGCAAGGAUACCACCGUCGCAGGCUACCAUAUCCCAAAGGGCACGGACUUCCUGCUCGUCCCCUAUGCGAUCAACAGGCACUCCAACUUCUGGGAGAACCCACACAUGAUCGUACCGGAGCGGUGGAUCGACAAGGCCGACGACGGCACGCUGCGGCCCAACAAGACGGGCGGCACGUCUACCAACUUUGCCGAGCUGACCUUCCUCCACGGGCCGAGGGCGUGUAUAGGCCGCGACUUUGCCAAGGCCGAGCUGAGGUGUGCCGUGGCGGGUGUCAUUGGCAAGUUUGAGAUUGAGCUGCACACCAAGGAGGAACCGCGUGUGCAGGGCGUCAUCACGAUGAAGCCCGAGGGAGGCAUGUAUUUGCGGUUCAGGCCUAUUCCCGGUUGGUAA